AAAUUCGACGUGAAGGACUUCAUCAGCUCGGUCUCGGAGCAGCUAAUAAGCAAAUCUGCGCAAGGUUCUGGCCCCUAUGACCCGAAGCCCUUCAUCGCCAACUUCGAGGCAGCUGUGGACAAACUUAUCACGAUCCGGAAAGACGUUCAAGCAAACACCGAGCAAAUGGAGAAGAGCGUCCGUAUUGCAGAGCGAGAAUAUUCGAAGAAGAUGGCAGAGUUGAAUAAGGGCUUUGAGGCUGUAGGCACCAAUUUCUCCGGAAUGGAAAGCAAGAUGAACGAAGUUGGCCGCACCGCUAUACGGAUAGGCGAGCAACUCGAAUCGAUCACUCUAGAGAGACAGAGAGCUCAAGCUGCCUAUGACCUCAUUGACUACUACAAUCAAUUCUCUCGCGGUGAUACAAGUCGCUUGGACGCCCUUAAGAAAGAAAACGGACGAGAAGGCCGACGUCAAGUUGCGAUCAUAUUGCGAAGGUUGAACACGGUAGCCAAAGAAGUUGAUCUUCCUAGUGCCGAUAAGACCCGUGAAGCUAUCGACAGAUACUGCGAGCGGUUCGAGAAGGAGAUGCUCUAUCUGUUCGACAAGAGCUAUCGGCGAGGUGAUCCAAAGUUGAUGAACCAUGUCGCCCAAACGUUAUUGGAGUUCAACGGCGGGACUUCUUGCGUCCAGGUAUACGUUAAUCAACAUGACUUCUUCAUCAACCGGGUUGCCAAGGGGGUCGAUACCAAUGCAAACUCCGCACUCUGGAACUCGUUGGCUGACCCAGAUGCCAGCCCCCCGAAGUCUGAAACUGCGCUCGCAGACCUCCUUAGCGAAAUACGUUCCACAAUGGGACAAGAGGCCGAGAUAGUUCGAGCUGUCUUCCCGAAUCCGCCAUUCGUGAUGCAGGUAUUUCUCCAGCGUGUUUUCGCGCAGUCCAUACAACAACAUAUGGAGUCCCUGCUGAAUCGCGGCAAUGCCAUAUCCGACCUCGCAUUUCUCCGUAUUUUGCAGCUCGUGCAUGUUCAGACCUCCGCUCUGGUAGAUGAUCUCAAGACAUACGAGCUUUCUGCAAUUGUACUCGCGCCCAGAGGCACUUCCGAGUAUCGUGCUGCCACUGCUGCGGGUGUGACAGGUGCCUCCGGUGGACCCCAGACCAUGACAGCCAUGCUGGAGACCGCUAUGGAAGAACUGUUUGUGCCGUAUACUGAAGGCUAUCGAUAUUUAGAGAGGGAGAGCAAGAGUCUGGCGGAGCUAUACGGCGAUCGUCUCAGCGCCUUCACGCGAUACCACGCGAGAGCGCAGGAAGGUGACAAAUCGACCAUGUUCGGGAGAAUGAUGACCGCAGCAGGCGCCACUGGCACUAGCUCGGCUGCUGCCGCUGCUUUGAUGCGUUUCGGAGGCAUAAACAAGGGUACUCCUGCUCCGGCUGAAAAGCCUGAAGAAGACCCCGCCCGGGAAGAGGACGGUAUCUUGAGUAUAGACGUUGCCGAGCAGAUGCUCAAGUGGCAUGCAGAGGCCAUUGGUCGAUGCGUGGAGCUGAGCUCGCCAAAUGACGUACCUAAGCACACCUUCUCGUUGUUCCGGGUACUUACUGAUGCCCUCGGCGUUGGUUAUAUCGAAAUCGCGCUGGAAACGGCACGCGUUCGGCUUCAAGCUAACGACACCAAGACAGAGCCCAAUCUCAGCAUUUUGGCUGUCCUGCGUUCAGUUGACCUGAUCUGCCAUCUAUGGCAACAAUAUGUGAACAUUGCGCUUUUCCCGCUUGCCAGUAGUUCUGUCGUCGUGCGUCGCGAGAUGGCGGUCUUCAAUAACCAAACAGUCAGCCGUAUUGAAGGCGCUGCCAACGCCGUGAUGCAACUGAUCAUAGACACCACCGUGUCCUGGCUGCGUUCACAGCUGGACAAGCAAAAGCGCGUGGACUUCAAGCCGAGAAACGACGAUGAAGCAUUCGCCCGGGUCAAUACUGAACCAUGUAUAGCCUCUUGCGAGUUUUUGGAGAGAGUCCGCGAUGCAGCCAAGCAACAUCUUAGUGGCAGGAAUCUCGAGAUAUUUCUGACUGAAAUAGGGGUUGCAUUCAAUGGGCUGCUGCUUGAGCAUUUGAAAAAAUUUCCAAUAAGCGCUACAGGCGGCUUGAUACUUGCAAAGGAUCUUAAGUCCUACCAAGACGUUGCUGAAAGCUUCGCGCUCCCAUCACUACACGAGCGGUUUGAAUUUCUCCGCGAAUUGGGAAACCUCUUCCUCGUGCGACCUGAAGUCCUCAAACAGUACAUCACUGAGAAUGCUCUGGGGCGCAUCGACACGGCACUCCUCAAGCCAUAUCUUGUUCAACGCGCGGAUUGGGGACAGGUCGAGAAGGUUUUCAGCGAUCUCGGCUUUCCCAAUGGCGAAGGUGCCGGUGAAGACAGUAUUGCGCCCAAUUCAGCGAAAGGAUUAGGCUUCCGCGACCGCUUUGGUGGUCGCCUGAGCACAAUGAUCAAGGACCUUGACCUCGAUCGGAUGCGUCUCGGCGAAAACAUCAACAUGCCUGCGAUAACUUCCGGGUUCGGUGGGCUUUCGAAUAGGAUGUCAGGGAUGCAGGUCUCAGCUGGGAUCUCGUCCGGCAUGGGUGCACGUAUGAGCGCGUUCGCAGGUAACUACUCAUGGUCCAACGGGGCAUUUGGGGCGGGCCAGAGAACAUCAGGAGGGUCGUCAUAA